GCGGCUCGCCUCGCAGCAGGUGAGUCCGGGCAGGGGGCUCCCGGCCCUGCGGGUUGCUCACCUUGCUAAGGACCCCGCAGCGCUCCACAGGCGGCCCGGACUCCGUCUCCGGAUCCUCCUCCGAGCCCGACGAGUUCCAGCUCUGGUUAUCCGACAUGGAGGCGCGACAGCCAAGCAGGAGACCGGCCCCCGCUCCCUGAGCCGCGCCGAGGGAGGCGCCCAGUCCCCGGGGUGAAGGGUCGGAGGAUGGCGAAAGGGAGACUGCCCGCUCCGGGGCGGAGGGGAGCAGGAGGAAGGACGAAGUCCGCCCGCUGCGCCGCCGCCGCCGCCGCGCCUGACACCGAGCGGACCCGGGAAGGAGGACCAGCGGCGAAGGAAGCCUACACUUCCAGCCGUCAGCAGCCGUCGCCGUGGCCCCUGCGCUGCGUCCGGCGCCGCCACCCGAACUCAGCCCCCUCGAUGCCAAUUUCAAACAAGGAAGGGAAAAGGAAGGAAAAAGGAAAGAGAAAAUCCAGCUGCAGAGACCAGGAUCCACUCACACCUCCACUACCGCCGCCAUCUUCCUGCCUGGCCCACUAUUUACCCUUCCCUCCCCUUUUCCCCUCCCCUUCGUCCUCCCAUUCUCUCCCCCGCUCCCCGCCCCGUCCCUUCCCAACGUCUGACGUGGCACGCCAGGGUCUCAAGGUCCCCCUUCCGCACCCUACCUCCGGCCUUCCUGGGUGACGACGGGUAGAAAAGUAGGAGGAGCAGAGCAAGGAGAGGGAGGGAGACGGCCGCCGGCGUGCUGCAUGCUGGGGGAGACUCUGUCCGUCAGCCGCGCAGCCUCCUGGGAGUUGUAGUCACGGUCUUGAGGCAACCGCGUGUUUGUGACGAACCCGCCGGGCUUGCGGACCCAGACGUGAGAUAACUCCGCGGAGAUGCCCGGGCUUGCCUUCCAUGGCGGCUUUUCGAAAGCCGGGAGCAUCUGCAGUUCUCUUGGGCGGGAGUGUACCGGGGGUUCCUGCUUCAGCCACUGACCAAAGAUCAUUUGGAAAAAGGCAUUUAAAUCUUAAAUUUGCACCAUGGAUAGUACAAAAGAGGAGAAUAACAAUUACAAAGAUGAUCUUCUGCUCAGGAUGGGACUUAAUGAUAAUAAAGCAGGAAUGGAAGGAUUAGACAAAGAAAAAAUUAACAAGAUUAUCAUGGAAGCCACAAAGGGCUCCAGAUUUUAUGGAAAUGAGCUCAAGAAGGAAAAGCAAGUCAACCAAAGAAUUGAAAAUAUGAUGCAACAAAAAGCUCAAAUUACCAAACAACAGCUAAGGAAAGCACAAUUACAGGUUGACAGAUUUGCAAUGGAAUUAGAAGAGAGCCGGGAUCUGACCAAUACCAUAGUCCACAUUGACAUGGAUGCUUUCUAUGCAGCUGUAGAAAUGAGGGACAAUCCAGAACUGAAAGAUAAACCCAUUGCUGUAGGAUCAAUGAGUAUGUUGUCUACUUCAAAUUACCAUGCAAGGAGGUUUGGUGUUCGUGCAGCCAUGCCAGGAUUUAUUGCUAAGAGACUUUGCCCACAACUUAUUAUAGUGCCCCCAAACUUUGACAAAUACCGCGCUGCGAGUAAAGAGGUUAAGGAAAUACUUGCUGAUUAUGAUCUGAAUUUUAUGACUGUGAGUCUUGAUGAAGCCUACUUGAAUAUAACAGAACACUUACAGGAAAGACAAAAUUGGCCUGAGGAGAAAAGAAAAUAUUUCAUUCAAACAGGAAACUCUGCAGAAAAUGAUAAACAAGGAAAGGAAGUUAACAGACUAAGUGAACGUGAGCUAUCCAUCUCUCCACUACUUUUUGAAGAUAGUCCUCCUGAAUUGCAGCCUCCGAGAGUUCCUUUUCAGCUGAACUUUGAAGAACAAAACAAUCAUCAAGUACUCCAAAACCCAGUUGUUUUUGGAACAUCAGCUGAGGAAGUGGUAAAGGAAAUUCGUUUCAGAAUUGAGCAAAAAACAACACUGACAGCCAGCGCAGGCAUUGCCCCAAAUAUAAUGUUAGCGAAAGUAUGCAGUGAUAAGAAUAAACCAAAUGGACAAUACCAAAUUCUCCCGCAAAGACAAGCUGUGAUGGACUUCAUCAAGGACUUGCCCAUUAGAAAGGUUUCUGGAAUAGGAAAAGUUACAGAGAAAAUGUUAAAGGCCCUUGGAAUUGUUACUUGUACAGAGCUCUACCAACAGAGGGCAUUACUUUCUCUCCUUUUCUCUGAAACAUCUUGGCAUCAUUUCCUUCAUAUCUCCCUGGGAUUAGGUUCAACACACCUGGCAAGGGAUGGAGAGAGGAAAAGUAUGAGUGUUGAGAGGACAUUCAGUGAGAUAAGUAAAUCAGAGGAUCAGUACAGUUUGUGCCAGGAACUUUGCAGUGAACUUGCUCAAGAUCUGCAGAAAGAAGGACUUAAGGGUAGAACUGUUACCAUUAAGCUGAAGAAUGUGAACUUUGAAGUAAAAACUCGUGCAUCUACAGUUGCAUCUGUUAUUUCUACUGCGGAAGAAAUAUUUGCUAUUGCUAAGGAGUUACUAAGAACAGAAAUUGAUGCUGAUUUUCCACAUCCCUUGAGAUUAAGACUUAUGGGUGUGCGGAUUUCUAGUUUUCCCAAUGAAGAAGACAAGAAACACCAACAAAGGAGCAUUAUUGGCUUCUUACAGUCUGGAAGCCAACCCCUGGCAACCACUGGAUGUAUACUAGAGAAAAGUGGAAAACAUCAGUUUAUAAAACCUCUAGAGAUGUCUCAUAAGAAAAGUUUCUUUGAUAAAAAAAGAUCAGAAAGGACAGGGAACCACCAAGACACAUUGAAAUGUGAAACUGUGACUAAAAAAAGUUUACACAAGUGGCAACCAUUCCAAGUUUUAAAGAUAAAUGAACGUUUAGAAAUGUCAGAUAAUUCAGAUAAUUGUCAGAUAUUUACCUGCCCUGUUUGCUUUAGGGAGCAAGGAAAUGUUAGUCUGGAAGCCUUUAAUAGACAUGUGGAUGCAUGUCUUAGUGGACCUUCAAUCAGUGAAAACUCUGAAGUGUUCUCAUCUUCACAUGUUGCUUCUACAGAAGUUAACAAGAAAGAAAAUGUGCAUCAUUCUUUUUCACCCUAUGAGAAGCAGGAGUCUCAAACACAUCAGAAUAAUAUAGAAAUUACUUCAGUAGAUUGUGUAGAUUUGGUAGAGACUAUCGGUAACCCAUCUAAAGUAGAAAGUAUAGAUGCUAUAAGAAAUAAGCCCAGCAAAGAGGAAUGUUCUAGCCUUCCAAGCAAGUCUUUUAAUAUUGAACACUCUCAUAAGAAUUCUUCUUCUUCUGUUUCAUUAAAAAAUGAUGAUGCCCUGUCAUUAAGUAGGCAAGAAUCCCUGCAGCCUUAUUUACAUGAAGUGAUAACAGACCAAGCUCUAGUUUGUCCUGUUUGUAACCUAGAACAAAAGACUUCAGAUCUUACCCUGUUCAAUGUGCAUGUGGAUGUCUGUUUAAAUAAAGGUGUUAUCCAGGAACUGAGAAAGGAUAAAGUUAAUCCAGCUAACCAGCCCAAAGAAAGCUCUAUAAGUAUUGUUAACUCAAGCAGAGUACAGAAGACUAUAACAAAAACAAAAAGGACAGGGUUGAAGAGUUCAGCAUCAAAGAAAAUAAAACCAAACAAUUCCAAACAUACUCUUGAUAUAUUUUUUAAAUGAACAUUGAACAUUUUAUCAUUAAUUUGUAAUUGUAACUGAUUAUUUUAUAAUCAGUGAAUUUGUUUUUCCUCAUUUAAGUUUAUAGUUUAGUGAAAGGCAAGUGCAAUAAUCCUUUCCUAAGUGAUAUUUCCUUUUAUAUGAAUUUGGAAAAUGUAAUAAUUUACUUCUGUAUAUCUUUUAGAUAACUAUGAGAAUUUCACUUCCAGUAUACAUCAAUUGGGAAUAAGUUGUGUAAGAGAAACCUAGGAAUGGGAUUAGAAAGUGAUAUCUUUAUUAUUUUUAUAAUGAAUAUAAAACAUAUUUAUAAGGGUUUUAAGAGGUUUGAACAAACCUAUUCUAAUAUAAGAAUUUUUCAGCACUUAACUGCUUUUUUGGCACUGCACUACUAUAUUUGUACUAUUUUGGAUACUUCUUAAACUUUCAUAAUUUAUCUUAAGUGCCAUGAAGAAUAUUAGGUUAGCUGAUCUAGCGUAAGUGAAUGUGUUACCUUCAGGAAAAUAAUAUCACAAUGUUAUUAUGUAUGUUAAAGGGGUUUUUGCUUAAAAUAUGGCUAUUUGUUUUUUUCUUACUUAAAAUUCCUUUAUCUUGUGAAUAAGUACUUGGUUGACUUUAAAAAUAUUUAAACAAAUAUUCAAGGUAGUUACUUUCUUAUAUAGGAAUUUUAAAUGGCAGUGUUUAGUUUCUUGGCAAUUAAGUUUGUUCUUGCCCAAAUCUAUAAAAAAGAAUAAAUUGUACAGUCACUGUAUUAUAACCUGCAAGAGAAAAUUGUUCAGUUCAAAAGAUUAAUGUGUAUUAAAGCAUUUCACUUGA